AGUGUCUCUCACACUCACUUUCUCACCCUCCCUCUCCUCUCUGCAGUCUCUCUCUCUCUCUCCGUGUUGCCUUUUGCUCAUUGGCAAUGCGAUGCUUACUUUGCGACAGGGCUCUGCUCUGUGCGAACUGAUCUUCCCCGCUCCUCCUUCCUUUGCUUGGCAAUGUGUAUUUGCGCUGGUGCGGUCCUCCCGGGCACACAGUUCUCAGGGCAGGAACGGGCAGGCUGGGCCUGGGGCUGGGGGCUGACACCUCCUCCGGCUGGCUGGCACCAUCCCGUCCCCCCACUUCGCCUUCGCCAAGCCGGGAAGAAGCAUCCGACCCCUCUAACCCGGCCCCAUGGAGUCUCCGGAUGGGCCUGGCACCUUAGAAUUGACUAAAGAAGCCCAGACAGCACAGACGACCGUGGUGGUGCCAGGCCACCUCGGGCCCGGGGAAGAAUCCCGGGCCCCUCUGGCCGAGGAGGAGGGAGGGAUUCCCAUUCCAGCCCCGGGACUCCUUCAAGUCACAGAGAGAAGACAGCCCCUGAGCAGUGUCUCCUCCCUGGAGGUGCACUUCGACUUGCUGGACUUGACAGAACUAACGGACAUGUCUGACCAGGAAUUGGCUGAAGUCUUCGCAGACUCAGACGAUGAGAACGUCGCCAAUGAGUCUCCAGCAGAUCUGCACUCGCACCCCAUUCCUCGAGCGGGGUACCUGCGCUCCCCAUCCUGGACCCGGGCAAAGGCCGAACAGAACAGGGAGAAGAAGCACCUCAGCGACUCUGAGUUGCAGGCGGGGAUCGUGGACACUUUCCUAACGGUAGAGAGACCAAAGGAAAACUAGGCCGAGCCCACUGCGCCCUGGCUGCUUCCCUGAGGUGCCAAGAGAGAAAUGCCGACUGUUGCACUAAUCGCAGAUUCCUGACAGUUUGUGACCUGAAAAAAAAAUCCUCAACCCAGAGAGACUUUGGCCUACCGGUGAUAGCUAAUGCCGAAUUCCUCCUCUUUCUCCCUUCUCCAUCCUGUGGCUCUUCGUUUGAGAGUGACUCUUGCUUGCCCUCAUGUCCCGAUGACCUAGAAGUGGACCCUGCCAACUGAGCUGUCCCUCCAGGCCACCAGUGACCCAUGAAGAUGGACAAGACCACCAGGGAGGAGGGGUGUUUCCUGGGGGGACAAGAAGGCAAGAGUUUUGGCCCUUUGAGUAUUUCCUGCUCAUUCGGCCCAAGAUCUGUCUUCACAAACACACCCAAAGGGAACGGCCACCACUACUUGAGCUGGAGUGCCCGCUGCGUUGGGGGCCAGCAAGGGGAAGAGGGAAACGCCCGUCCGCCAAAGUGGAGAGAAGAAACUCCUUCCUCCAAGUAGCUUUUGAGCCCAGGCCGACGAGCCUCCGACUUGCUUUGCGGGGAGCUUAGGGAGGAGGCGAAUUGGAAAGAGGGAGAAACUCCAAUCCAAUGCGGGAUCUCCUAAGAUAAAGAAGUGUGGCAGCCGGGGCAGGGCCCAGCCACAAAGCCCCUCUGGCCAUCCUUCGAAACAAGCACAGUCUCCUUCUAGUGGCCUUACUCCCAUCUCUUCUUGUGCGCAUUGGAUCGAGAUUAUCGCACAUCCUCUGUGGGAUCCUCACCCACACAACCUUGAUCUGAUGCCUUACGGGAGGACAGGGACGCUCCCCGUCACCUGGUCAAGCGGCUUAACUUUCAUCGGGUGUCUCCCGGGGAGAACCGGGGCACCUUGAGGACCGGAGCGAGAUCCAGAACAAUCCCAAGCACCGCAGGGGCAGGCUGGGAAACUGGAUGUGCGCUGGCCACUUUCCUCAGGCCCACUGGCCCAAGGGACUCGGGUUUUAUCGACUUAUCAAAUCACCUGGGAGGUUGGUGCUGACCGUCUGUUUCUGGGUUGGGGCCGGGCUAAGGCUCAUGACUUUGGGGAUCUGCGGAAAAGAACCACUAAUCAAGAAGAUGACGAGUAUAUCCAAAUACGCCGUGGUUAUUCCCGGUUUCAGUGGGGAGAUCCUGGUUCCGUCGAUGCUUUCUCACCGCCGGGGAUGCCACCUCCUGAACUUCUCUCCACCAGUAGCCGCUCCGAAUUGACAAGCUGGGGAGCUGGUUUCUCUUUACUCUCAGCUUUCGAUGUUUUGCACUAAUGGAGAUCCAGAUGAUACAAAGUGGGAUGAAUGGCUUAGGCCCCACCUAGCUACGGGCUACGGACCUGCCUCGUUGCUAAGGUGGGGUGUCGGAGGAGGGUGGGUUUCAGGUUCCAGUCAAGUGGCCCCGAAUUGGGCUGGUGCCACACGUGAAAUCUCGAGGAAGUCAACUUCACAAUUGUUGGGGGCUUAAAACCUGCCCGAUAACCCUAAAGUCACUCACCUGCAGAUAGCCAGGAGUGGAUGAGAACAGCAGACAGGCAUCUAGAUUUGCAUUCAGACUCUAGAUUCGAAAAGGGCCCCUCGUACCGAUCCCUUCUCCCCACCCGCCGAGGAGCUAUUCGAUCCCUGCCGCGCUUUCGGGCACCUAGGGGAAGCCUCCCUUAGACUUAGCCGGACCUCGACUUCCGCAUUUCACGGACCCUUUGAGACCUCUCGGCCGCGUUUCCCCCGGCCGCUGCAGCGUUGAGACCCGAACGCUGAGGAAACCUUACCUUACCAAACCUUACCUUACUCCAAGCACCAAAUAAUGCCAAAACUGCCUCCAGAGACACGGCAACGCCCUUAGAGGGCCACUGAAUAGGAGAAGGGACUCAAUUCACUCGAUCCACUUUAACCCUGUAGUUAAUCUUCAUGUCGGAUCUCAUGGAGAUAGAUCCAGUCUCUAGCUCAUCUCGUGUCACAUCUAGCCUCUUAGAGUAGCUCGGCGCUGGCAACUGCCAUCAAAUUCCCGUGGUCCUCUGGGCUCAUGGACGAUCAUGCUCAUGGGCACUCAUUCUGUUCUCACCCGUUGUCUUGAGAAAGCAGGGCUGGGCCUGACACUUCCGCAGGUAAGGUGGGCUUACUUGCAGGAAAAGAGAGGGUCAGGGAUUGGGUUCCCCUGCAAAAUGGCAGGGGGGAAGGUGGAGGCCAAGAUUCUUCCCCCUCACCACCCCCACAACCCCCUGCAGGUUGCUGCUCAGUGAGCUUUCUCAAAGACAAGUGGAAGAAGCAGGGCCCAAAGCAGAUUUUUUUUUUGGACAAAAAGCCAAAUUCGUUUU